AUGUCGACGACCACAACGACGACGACGUCACCGUCCACCUCUCGCUGCGUCGGCUACACGGUCCUUCUCUCCAGCUUUGUGGCGAUUUCGUCGCUUGGUGUCGCGUUUGACCUCGAACGCGGCGCCGAGCCCGUGCUGAAGCUCUUCUGGAAGACCAGCGGCAGUUGUGCACUCUUGCUUCUCCUCGUCCUCGGCCAGCGCAUGCUUCACCGAUCGUCGUCCGCGCUCUCGUUCGAUCGUGACACGGUUCGACGACUGGUGCUGUGCGCCGUCGGGUACACGAUCUGGAAUGCGUCGUUCAAUUGGGCACUCGCAAGGACGUCUGUCGGCCACGUCUACUUGCUCAACAACUGCCACUCGCUGUUGCUUGUCGUGUGGCGGGCUCUCUACUGCGACGCGAUCGUGCUAUACGAGAUCCUCGGGACGGUGGCAGGCAUUGGCGGCAGCGUUCUCACGGCCUUGGACCAAGCACCGGUAGUCGCCCACUCGGGCAUUGUCGAAGCGUCGCUUCUGGGCGAUCUUGGCGCGUUUCUCGGUGCUCUGGGGGCGGUCGUGUACCUUCUCCAAGCCAAGACACUUCGAACGCGCCUUGGCCUCUUGCCCUUCAUGCUCUGCCAUACGCUAUUGGUGUCGCUGCUGCUGUUGCCGACACUGACGCUGCUCGGCGAAGAGUACAGUCUCUCGCGCGAUGUCAAUACCGGUCUCUUCGGCUGGGCCAAUCUGCGCUGGGACCGCGUCGGCCUCGAAGCGUUCGUCGUGCUGAUCUGCGACUUUGUCGGUGGCAUGGGCUACAUUCGUGUCAUGGCCUAUUUCGACCCGCUCGUCGUCUCGAUCAUUAUGCUCAUGGAGCCGAUUCUGGCGACGGCAUUGGGGAUCCUCGUUGGCGUCGCGUCCAUCCCGGGGGUGCUCACAUGUGUCGGCAGUGCGAUUGUGAUCGCCGCGACCAUGCUCGUCAUCUCUGUCAACACGGCGGCGUCGAGCAAAGGCGCCAAGACGACGAAGCGCAUCGUGCUGCAGAGCCGUGCACCGCCGACCGUCUACGGCGCCGUGUAG